AUGGGUCCCGGUGGCGAUCCCCACGGGGGGUUUGCAAGCGCCUUCGCAUCCCUACAAACAAAUCAAGCUCGACAGACCGCGUUAGACCAACUGCUCGAUCUCUUGCAGCCGAAUGAGUGGCGUCGAAUAUAUAACCGCGCAUCCAAGACCCUGCAGCGUGAUAUUGUCGGAUGUCUUCCCCUUGAACUCGUUGUCGAAAUGACAACGUACUUGGAUCUGCGGGAUAUCCUACGUCUGCAGAGAGUUUCCAAACAAUGGCAAGACCGUCUAUCGUCUAAUGCCGUUUAUCGGCCAGUGUUGCGCUUCUAUUGCGUCCCAGAGACUGAAACGAACCUGUCUACUGAGGGAUUUCGCGCCUUUGUCGAACGAAGAUACAGCUUGGAAACGGGCUCUCCAUGCCGUCAAGCCGUUUACCCUUGGCUAGACGGACCGGACUAUGCGUAUGACACUGCGACGCUGGGCCUCGUGUCGUACUGUUCCGCAAAAGUCGCCUGGGUAUCCCGGGAUAAGAGGCGCGCCUUUGUCCGCGAUCUACAGGCUGGAGCCGUUGCAGACUUUGUGCCCGUAACUCGGGGCACCAUCUCAACGAUACAUGUUUCCGGGUCCUUUUUGUUUGUCCAAGCCUCGGGGCAUUGUACCGUAUGGAACUUGGCCAGUGGAGAGAGCACUUCAGUCAGGAUACCCUCUUCCUCGAUCUUUGAAGUCAAUAUCAGAGACAACUACGUGGCAAUGAUCCUCCAAAGUCCAACCAAACAACAUACGCUCUACAGCUGGAACCUGAUAAGUGGUAGCUUGCGGUCUGUGGGCCUUGACGCUAACCCUAUGUUCACUCAUUGGAAUGAAGACGCAAGUGUCAUCACUGUGAUUGAGCUAGAUCUCCCAGAAUCCCUCUCCAGGUUCUUUAGAAAGAAGUAUUCCACCUCAAACGAUAACCUCAUCCUUGUUGAAUCCAAGCUUCUUGUCACAAAGCCAAGACACAGCCAAUCGUAUGGUCCCCUUACCACCGCAUUUCGGUAUAAUCAAUACCUGUGCCGUUAUGGUACCGCCGUCACCCAAUACCUCGCAGGCGCAAAUCUAGAUGCACCCAUGUUCAUCUGCUACCGCGCCUCAACCGAUCACCUGGCAGUAUUCACCAUCGACGAUACUGACACCCUAAAUGCCCAUAUACCUGGUGUUAAUAUCAGCCAGGGCAGACUAUUAUCGCCAGACGGGUUGGUAUACUCGCCGUCAUUAACGAACGAGCUCAAGAUGCAUAGCGUUUUCGCGCCUGGGAUCAAGCGUGAUGUCAAUUUCCCUAUAGGCUAUCAAGAUUUUUUCCAGGGUAUCGGGAACCUCACUUUUGGAAAUCACCAGCUGUACGGUGUUAUUGGAACCAAAGGGAUUGCUGUUUGGUCGUUUGAUCCAGAUUUAAAAUUUUACUAA